GGAAAAGCUCGAGCUUCUCCACGCGCUUCUCCAGCUCGUACUCUGCCGACGAGGCCACGGGAUCCACUUCUUCAUUACGGCGGUCGUAGUCCUCGUUGGAGAAGGUGUUGAAUACCUGGAGAGCUUCCAUUGCUCCUGAACGAGAUGAGCACUGCAGAAAAAUGGAUGAAUCAAUGGAUAACAUGUCAAAAGGAAAAUAAAAAUGAAUGGAGACCAGAAAGUUUGGGCGCUAUAAUGCUGCCAGAUUCUGGCAACGCAAUUGUCAGCUGAACUUUCAAGCCAGGGCCAAGCUACCCUGUUUGAAACACCACAUGGAAGCAAAAAGAUGUGGAGCCAGUGAGAAGCCCUGCUGCGUGCUCCAGCCAAGCACGGAGGCGGAGGAGGAAGGAAUGCUGCAGGAUGCUUUGUAGAAUCAUGGCUGUCAUACCCACUGGCGACUCGGACACAAACAUCUAGCUUCAUGUGAGACUUACAAGAAGGACGACAACGCACCAUGUCCGCCGCGGCCGUCGCGGUGUGCCUCGCCACGGUUGACAUUGUGUAUGGCAGCAACGCCAGACAAAUGACUUUACGUGAGGAAAAUGUCCAAAAGGAGAGAACCAUGGGCUGGAAGCAGAGAACAGCCUUGUACAGCGAUGUGAUCACCAUCCUGUCGAGGUCGCACGCCGAGCGAAACGUCUACCCUUCUGCCGGCGUGCUCUUCGUCCACGUCCUAGAACGAGAGUACUUCAAAGGGGAGUUUCCUCACUACCCGAAAUCAGAUGACGGCGCCAACGACCCCAUCACUUUCAACACCAACCUGCUGAGUUACCCAGACCGACCCGGCUGGCUGCGCUACAUCCAGAGGACGCCCAAUAGUGACGGAGUGCUCUACGGAUCCCCCACUGCUGAGCAUGUGGGCAAGGCCACCGUCAUAGAGAUUACCGCCUAUAACCGACGCACUUUCGAGACAGCACGGAACAACUUGGAUAACAUCAUGGCCACUGAGGAGUUCCCGCUACCCUACCAGGCCGAGUUUUACAUCAAAAACAUGAACGUCGAGGAGAUGCUGGCCAGCGAGGUGCUGGGAGAUUUCCUGGGAGCUGUGAAGAACGUGUGGCAGCGAAGGCUCAACGCCAUCAACAUCACCUCGGCGUUAGACCGCGGAGGACGUGUGCCACUGCCUAUUAAUAACCUGAAGGAAGGGGUGUACGUGAUGGUGGGCGCCGAUGUUCCCUUCUCAUCGUGCCUACGUGAGGUGGAGAGCCCGCAAAACAACUGCGCCUGCAGUCAGGAGAUGGAGCCCGUCAUCAGCUGCCGACAAAAAGUUCGAGCGCAGUUCAUAUCGACUGGUUGUAAACUCUCUCUGGUUGACGUCAACAAAGUAGUCCCAGUUUACGUCACGCGCCCUGAGCCGGGUCCAGGGGUGCUGCCUGAAUUUGGGGAGUACAACCCCCCUUCGGAGUCUCUGAAGAGCCGGGACUACUUCACGGUACUUCACGUGACGCUGGCUGUUCCUUCGGCGGUGGCGCUCGUGCUCCUCUUGAUGCUGGGCUACACCAUGUGCUGCCGAAGGGAAGGGGUGAAAAAAAGAAACAUGCAAACAUCAGCCAUCCAGCUGGUCCACCACAGCUCCAUUCAGAAGUCCACCAAGGAGAUGCGCAUCAUGUCUAAGAACCGGGAUAUCUCUUGGCCGCUCUCCACGCUGCCUGUCUUCAACCCGGUCAGCGGCGAGGUGGUUCCGCCCAUCCACCCGGACAACUACGAGACUACCAGCAUGCCCCUCAUGCGGACGCAGACAAACCUGCAAAACCAGAUUACCAUACCGCAACAACAGCCAUCAGGAGAUAGUUAUGUCAUGUCUACGUUUCGAAGGUUGGAGGUAAAUGGUAUUCCUGAGGAGAGGAAGGUGGCUGAAGCACUGAAUUUGUGAUCUGACUUGAGGUAGCUAGUCCCCACCCCACCCUCAUAAAGGAAACUUAGCAUCAAUAUACUUUUUAUUACCACAAAGUUCUGCAAAUGUCACUUUUUACUGAUUGAGAGUAUGUGCCAAAUGUAUUUUUACUUCCUUUGCGCACACACACGACGGGCCCUCUUGAAAGAAAUGUGCGUUAUACAUUAAAUGUAAGGUCAAUAAAUUCAUUCCAAGAAAUGCUUUUCUUCUUUGCGGCCCAGUAGAAAAUCAAAAACAUGUCUUUUGAGACAACUAAAGCCAAAACUGUGCAUUUUAUGAAGUUUCAUUGUUAUGUACAGCAGAAUAAAGGCAUUUAUAAAUAUGGAUACAUUUCACAUUUUAAGACAUCACAAAAAUUAUGUGUAACAAAUUUCAUAAGAGUAUAAAUAGUUGUUGCUUUUACACUACCGAAAUGGAACAAUUAAGGCCAGAGAGCCAAAGUACCGCUGUGGUGGGUAAAGAGUAAAGAAAACAUUGCGUUUAAAUCUUAAUUGAGGACUCCGCAAUGACACCGAGGCUCAACAAUAAUGAGAGGUGAACGUGGUGACUGACAUUAUCUCAUUACAAAUACAAAAUGCAACCUCCAAAAUCAUUUGCGGUUAAGCUCGUACAUCACAUGUUCAUACCGUGACAAAAAUAUUUUGAUUUUCUUAAUAGACAUCUGCUUGGGUGCAGAGAAUUAGCGGCACGUGGACUCAGUCAGCAAUGAGCAUCAUUAAAUAAAAGUGCUAAAUCCUG